GAGUGUGUGAGUCGGUUUUUUGAGAAUCUGAGUGGCUUUGGCAUUUUUGGCGCUGGAGGAUGAUGCUAGCUAGGGUUCUCUUUGGACCUCCAUACGAUUCGUGUUCAGUGUGAUCGAUAGCGUUGUGUUGGAUCAUUCAGUGGCACUUCUGUUGGCAAUUAGAUUUUGCAUGUUAUGGAUAUCUGUAAAAAUUAGGCGAAUCUGUGUUGUGCAUUUGGAGCUAAGGAGGGAUAGCUGGCUGAAAAUCCGGCUGGGCUUGUAGCAGUGAUGUUGGCACUGUAGAGCAAUCGUGAUUCUUGGAUAUGGGCGAUUUUAGACACAUUUGGAAGUUCAAGUCAAAAAGCCGAGCAGGCACAGGUCGUUUUUGUUGAUGUGGAGACGUUCAGCAGAUUCGCAAGGCUUUAACGCUCACUCCAGUAGUUGCAGGGGUGACUGCGUUAUCUAGGCAAGUUGGAAGAAAAGAAUCUGGACAAAUGUAGAGUUGCUUAUUAAGACCCUGAACAGAAAAAAAUUCUUGUCCGCGGGUUGGAAUGGAAUGAAAUCAGGAUUGUUUUGGUAUACUGCCAGUGUACAGGAGUGUGGGUGAGGGGAUGGUCGCUUGGUGGGUCAUAAAAGAUUAUGGCUGUCAGAGAGUAUCAACACUGGAAUGCACAUUUCCAGCUCAUUUCUUUUUCAAAGAAAAGAUUUAAGGCAGACAUUCGGUGGCGAAACAUAUUGUUCAAGCGGAGUUUGAUUGAUGAGAGCUCAACGUAGUGUAGUUUAAAAGAUCAUUACUGCCACUUUUCAAGUAAAUCUGGUUAUUGAAGAAUGACUUCGACUUAUCUAAUCAGUGCUUUUAUUACCUGAAGGUAUACUUAUUCUGUGAUGGGAAGAAUGUAGGCAGAGUCUCGUCGAGCUCCAAAAAUCAUCUUCCCUAAAUUAGGUGUGAUGUCUUAAGAGUUGGAGUUUCUUAGAAAGAAUGGCCAGGUACAAUGGUCCAGCAGCUAUGGAUAUGCGUCAACAUUUGAGCACCAAUCACACUCCCCACCCUUCACAACAAUAUGGCUCCCAGAAAUCUUUCGGGGGCUAUGCGGGUUCAGCCACUCUGAUUCCCCCUUCUCAAUCGCAGUCAAUGCCACCUAAAGCGUUGAUCAAUGGGGGGCAAGUUUCAGCAGAUGAGUGGCCGGGCACAACGAUCGCAGGAGUUGGCACACCCAGCACUCAGCAGGCACUAGUCCUGCAGAGUCCCCGAGGACAAGGUUCUUCUGAGCAGGGAGCUCUUCAAUCCAAACAACAUUUUGUUUAUGAAGGAAGGGUAGCUUCUGGCUCACAAGUUUUGCAGGCAAUAGGUAGCAAUCAAUACCAAGCAGCGUUGAGUACGAGCCAGCUAUCGGGAGGUUCUGAAGGGGUUAAACAAGAUGCGUUCCAAUCGUAUUUUAACGAGGUUGCUCAAGAUGUUACUCCUAGAUCACCUCAGGUUCGAGUAUGUUAUCCACAGGGUGAUGUGCAACCCAUGGAUAUCACUGCGGUGAAAUCUGAAUAUCCUGAUCUGAAGCGCGUGAAGCGUGAAUAUACUCUCAUUGAAGGAGAGAGAGGAGAAUAUACACAGGGUUCGUUGAAUCCAGCGGUGUUACUUCGAUCCUCUCAAGAAUCACCCCAUCAAGAAGGAAGUUUUCAGGCACCGGCAUCCUCUGACCAAUUAUCAGGUUUAGACAGGGCGCCAACCAGCAGCCAACAUUCUGGGCUUGAAGGAGAUAUCAAACCUAAUUAUGGUGUACCUCAUGAACUGGUGGUAAAGUCCGAGUCAGGAAAUUAUCAAUCCGCAGAAAUUAGCAGCCCAUGCUCAACUUACACCACUGGGCAAGCUAGUGUAUCGCAAUCUAGUCAAGAGCAUGGGCAGCAAAGUCAAAAUCACACACACACAAAUCUUCAAGGGGCUCAACAGUUCAUGCAGCAAAAUAAUUUUCAAGGUCACCAGUCGCUUCAGCCUCUUCGAAACGUGGGCUCGAUGCAAGCAGGGAAUUUUCAGGGUGUUCUUCAAUCUGUGGGUGGGGUUUCACAACAACCCAAUUCCGUGGGGCAAAGUAAUGCGAAUCAUUUAGCACAACUUCAACGUUCACCAUCUCAACAAUCCAUUAUGCAAAUGUCAUCCGUCAGUCAAUUAUCACCCCUCCAGUCUCAGCAAGUUCAAGCCCAAGCCCUAGCUCAAGGAAUGUUAGAGGCACAUGCACAAUCAGCCAACCAGCACACUACCCUGCAGCAUGCGGUAGCUAGUCAAAGAGGCAUCGUGCAAGCUCGUCACGCUCAAGGAGUAAGUCCUCAACAGCAGCUCUUGUUAUAUUCUGGACAGCAACAGCAGUUUCAGUCGGGUCAAGCACAAGCAUUGCAGAUGACAAAUGGUUUGCCAUUGGCUGGAGCUGCACAACAAAUGAUUUCCCGAAUGCAACCAGCAGUACAAAACCAGCUUCUUCAGAGGCUUAAGCUUGGGAACCGGCACCUCAUCCAAGGCCCGGUGCUAGGACUUGGAAACUUUAAAGGCGGAAACCUGGAUAAUAAAUACAGAAUUCGUAUGCCACCAAGAGCUGCUUCAAAAUGUUAUCACAUAAUCAUGCUGUACAUUCAUGAGCAAAGAAAACGUCUUCCUGAUAACAACAUCGCUUUUUGGCAUAAACUCGUACAUACAUUUUUUGAACCUGGAGCUUUAAAGCGCUGGUGCUUAGGCAGUUACAAUACUUCUCCUGUUGGUCGCCAUGCUCAGGGCCUCUUCCCUAUGGAGUUUUGGUUCUGUAAUUUAUGUGGUGUGCAACCUGGUAGAGGUUUUGAAUCCUGCACAGAUGUUCUGCCUCGCCUUUUUAAAAUCAAAUACGACAGUGGUCUGGUGGACGAGCUCCUAUUUCUAGAUCUAGCUGAGGAGUAUGUUAUGCCUUCUGGGAAAAUGGUUCUCGAGUAUUCAGGGGCAGUACACGAAUCUGUCUUUGCUGAAUUAAGGGUGAUCAGGUAUGGAACACUCCGAGUGACUUUCAGUUCCUCAUAUAAGAUUCAAGCGUGGGAAUUCUGCACAAAAACUCACGAAGAAGUAGUACCAUCCAAGAAUCUUCAAGAGCAGGCACAGCUGCUAAAUAACUUGGUGGCGGAGGCUGAACAGGAGGAUAUUAACAAGAGCGUGGAGAAUCUGACGAAACAUUGCAAUGCGUUCAUGACUUCAGCAAAACAACUGGCUGUACAGCUGGACGCGCCUAUGGUCAAUGAUCUUGGUUUUUCAAAACGCUACGUGCGCUGCUUGCAGAUUUCUGAGGUUGUGAACAGCAUGAAGGACUUGAUAUCAUUUGAAAGGAACACCCGGCUUGGACCUUUACAGAGCUUAGCAGAGUUUCCAAGUGCUCGGAAAUUGCAGCAGCAAGGCUUGCUUACGAACCUCCCUAACCAACCCUCCCUUACACACGUCAUAAAUUAUUUUAUUCAAGGCACCCCUCGUCAACCUUUGGCUUCUUUUCAACAAGGGCUGGUCACAAGACAUUCUGGUGGGCAAGUUAUACUGCCUAAUGGACAACAAGGUGCCUCUCAACUUCGAGGUCAUCAACUUAGCCAGCUCCAACCUGGGGCUGUGGCCCAGGCUCACAGAGUUCCUAACAUGUCAGAAAUGGUACAAUUCUCGAACCACUUGCAAUCACAGCUACGGGGUCAAAUUGAUGCUCGGAACUUUGGUUUAACACAAGCAGGACAUGCAUAUAGCAAUCAGAUGCAGCCACCUGGACCUUUGCACUUGUCUGGAAGCAGACAGGCUCAUUCUGGGAAUUCUGCUCCUACCAACGAGUUGCCUGGUCAAUUACAGACCCAAAUGAAUUCAUCUGGCCUCGUCCAACCACAAAUCCAUUCCUCUGCGCACUCCCUCUCGGGGAGUCCUGGUGGCAACGCUCAUUCUUUCUCUAGGAGUCAGAUAAAUCUGCAGCUCAGUCACGCGCAAGCACUUUCCCAGCUCCAAGGACCGUCAUCAACCAAUCCAGUUUCAGCAUCUGUGCUUAAUGGGGAUCAUGCUUCAACCGACGUCAAUUAGCUCUCAUAGCAGGAAUUUCAUAACCUUCCCAAGUAACUACAUCCUUACCCAGUGAGUCAGGUUUACUUGCAGCUGCAUUCCCUUGAGCAGUAGCAAAUAGUAAGUGGGAUCAGCAGAGCUUACCCGGCACUCCUUGGAGUUAGAGUGAAGUCAGUGACCUGCGGGCAGUUGCGUAGGUUCCUCACUUGAGUUGAACGAAGAUUAAGAUUCCAGUUGCGUCAUAAUUUUUGAUUACCCUUGUUAUUUGUACGUUUGUGUGUGUUUAGAGGCGUUUCUGGGCUUUUACAUGAGGUGAUGUUCCUCAAAUGCUUUUAGACCGCGACGUUCAGGUAGAUGUUCGAUUGGAAGAGAAUUAACGGGCCAGCUUCUUGAUUUGAUACGGAAAGACUUCCAAGGAUUAGAGUGUGCUCCAAUGUAUUUUGUAUCACAAACUGUUUUAGGGACAUCACGAGUCAAGGUCUCACCUUGAAGGUCAAGUUUUAAAUUUUGUAAUCUCCAAUAGGGUAGGGCUCAACUUGAAGUGAAGCUAGUAAUUAGUCUUUGAGACUGUAUGCCUGGAAAGAGGUUUUCACUGGUUGGAUUACAACUUGAACGGCUGAAUUUGAAAUGGUGGGUCUUCACCAGGCUCCAUGUACAAUAUAUGACUGAUAUUCAUACGCUUCAACAAGGGUGUUGUGCUUGGCUUACGUA